AUGACCGAGCAGCUCCAGAGGGUCCUGUCGGAGAAGAAGGACCUGGUGGAGACGGUGAUGGAGGUCUUCGAGCAGGGCGCCGAGGUGGUGGCCAGCAUCGCCGGCGACCUUUUCCCCAUCUUCUCCAUCGCCGCGCCCAUCGUCAAGCUGGCGCUGCACAACGUGGAGUGCAAGGAGGCGGUCUACAUGAAGGAGCAGUUCCAGAAGGUGCGCGACCGCCUGGAAGUGGUCUCGGAGCAGAUGCAGAGGAUCCACGAGGAGAUCAAGAAGAGCGCCAUGGAUGCCGCCUACUUCUCUGUGGAGGAGAACAUCACCAACCAGUUCAGGAAGUACAUGGACAUCCUCAACGCCAAAGCCAAGUUCCGGGAGGUCAAGAAGAAGCUCUUCCUGCAGCAUUUUGACAAGACGGGCGGCAGCAAAAACCUCCACGUUCUCUACAACGCCGUGAUGGGCAACACCUUCUCCGGGGAGCCCGUGCUGGAAGUUGUCCUUAACUACGAGGAGAAGAGUCGGCGGCCGACAGAGGACUUCUGCGCCAGGCUGAAGAACCUCUUCUGCGUGGGGCUCAUCGCACUGUUGGGCCACGCCGCCCUGAAGGGCUACGGCGAGGAGGAUGCGCUCCUGAAAGACUGGAGCGACAAGAUGAAGGAGGUCCAGGGCAAAAUGAACGCCGUCAUCGAGGAUUGCGUCGACAGCUUCCCCAAACAGGCGGAGCUGGAUUCACGUCGGCUGGUGAGGGACAACCCGGCCUGGAGCAACCAGCAGCUGGCCGACGCCAUCAUAGACACGCUGAAGAAGAAGUACGACUGGGUCAGCUGGUCGGUGCGCGUCUUCAAGCCCCCCUCGGGCCUGUUUGCCAAGAAGGUUUGUCACUGUGCCGCGGGGAGGACCCGCUUCCAGGUGCCCACGCCGGACAACAAACCCAUCGUGGUGGUGUCCUACAGCUCGUCCCCAGAACCUGUGGACCACCACCACAUCCAGGAGCUGAUCCACAGCCAGAAGAAGCGCAGCGUGACGGCCGUGGCCGAGAUGCUGUUUGAGAAGCUGCCCGACUGUGUGGUCCACGCGGCAAAGACCAGCAAGGACCUGGUCUGCAUUUGGAGCUUCUCAGAUGAGCUGCACUACUGGGGGGAGCAAGAUAACUUGUACGUCUGCGUCCACUCGGCCUGA